CACAUAUACAGUGACAAUGUGGAAUUCAAGCAUAUCCCAGGUGCAAUACCAGAACUUGUGUUAUUCAACGUACAUGAUGAGGAAGUAGAAAGAAUAAUAUUGUCCAAGUUGACUCGAGAGGAAUGUAACGAGUUGCUAGUCUCCAAAGGUUUCACGAAGAAGUCCAAAGAUAAUAAAGACGAGAUGUAAAUCUUCCACUCGAUAUGUAUUAUAAGAAACGUAAACAGAUAUUUCUAGGAAAGGAAAUUAUUUCUAAUCUCUUAUUUCUAGAUACAUUGUAAAUAUUCAGAAUACAAUAGUUUUAGUUUUUAUUAAUAAUUUCCCAAAAGUAAGCUAUGUAUUGUACAUAGUGGCACAAUAGCAGUGAUUUCCUAAUCUACACAAAUUUUUUUUAAUUGCAAUCCUUGGUAGAUUGACAAAGGAGAAUGCUUUUCCCAAGGAGCUGCAAUCUGCGAUAAGACACUAAAU